AUGACAGCGAUGAUUGCGGUUGGAUUGCGCCAGCGCGUCGUGGCGUUCGAGGCGCCGCUACAGGAGCGCAGAGCAUUGCGAGCGCUGAAUCGAGCGGCCGUGGCGAUCGUGGAUCCAGAAGUUUUCCAGUUCGUGUCCUUCCUUCUCUCACUCGAAGGCUCCGCGUCGUAUCCAGACGAGAUGCGGCAGCUGCUGGCGCUGCUGGCGGCACUCAGCUCUAAGCAGACUAUUCAGCCAUCAACACUGAACGCGUUUAACCAAUGGGAAGACGCUGAAGCGCGCUAUGCAGUGACGGAGACUGUCGGCAGCUGGAGAGCUGUUGUAUUAGUUACAUACCGCCCAAGACAGCUGCUACCACUGUAUAUGGCGUCGGCGAGACGUGCGGUCAGGUUCGUCAACGCUGUCGUGGCCCUAGUGACGGCCAACGCCUACAUCUCCACCCUAGGAGGUGGACACUUCUUAUGUCGCCAUUUAAGCCAGUCGACGUUGCUGGCCAAGCUACAGAUUGGGAUUUCUAUGGGUCUCAAGGACCCUGUGCUGGAGAGCAAAUGCAGGGUGAAUUUAAUGUACAAUGCGCUGCAGUUGGGCAAGCUCAAGCGGGCCAGGAGGAUCUUGAAGUGUGAAGAAGUUGUGGCGGAACAGUUAGAUAGUACUGAGCUACGCAACGUCUGCCAUGCUGCCAGCGUAUACUUAGACAAGAUGGACCGACUGCACCAGGAACAAGUGUUGUUUCACAGGAAAAAUGGACGUCCGGCGACACUGCAUGACAAUUUCUACCGUCAGCGGAUCGUUCGAAUGACUAAGUGA